AUGAAAGACGCAACUAGGCAAGCUCACAGCCAUGAUAAUGACGACCUGACUGCUCCGCCAUUGACUCAACGAAAGUACAAGUCUGUGGGUUCCUCUCUUUUGGGUAACAUCGUUGCCAAUUCGAGCUUUGUCGAAAAUGCGCUGUAUGAAUCGGUCGCCGUUGUCAAGACCGUUCCAGAGAGGGAGACAGAAGAAGACGAAGCACGAAAGACACCGACGGGGCACUCACGCAGAAGAAGGCGCAGUGACCGGCGAUGGAAUGCUGCUUCGAGUUCCAGCUUACAAUUCAACCCUGAUGACAGCACCAACGAAGAGCCAGUGCAAGUUCCACCACUCUUGUCUGGUAGUGGCGGUGCAUUGCAAAGGGUAAGGAGCUAUGAACGAAAUGCGGCAAAGAAGUCCACACUCCGCAGAUGCUCUUCCACCGUUGAGGUGAACAAAAUUUCCGUCUCUGGCAUGGCAAGGGUAACGAGACCAAGCAAUAACAAUGUUGCUUCGUCUGGUUCCAACUUGCAACUGAGUGACGAUGGUAAGAAAGAAGCACAAGUGCCUCCACCAAAUGGGGAACAACUUCCGGCACUCUUGCCGCGUCUUUCAAAACCAAAGAGUUCCCGUGCGUUGAGAAGAGUCAAGAGCCAGGAAGGAAAGAUGACAAAGAAGUCAACCCUCCGGAGAUGCGCUUCCACGGCAGAAGCGACGCCCUUGUCGGUUCAAGACGUGUUCCUAGUGGGGUCCUCCGCUGACCUGGCAAGGAUAAAGAGACCAAGCAGUGCUGAAAAGAUCAAAGCUGCCAAAAAAUCCAAUGGGUUGGAGGCUGCAACAGCAAAACGUCUCACUGAGUUAAGUUUUGCCAUUAGCAACCACGGAGUCGAAGCCGCUUCUCGCCUCGUCACAUCUGCCACAAAAGAACCAACAGCCGGAAAGAAAGGGGGUGGCACUGCUAAGUCAACAACCAAGACACGAAGGACAAGGACUAACGAGAGGCUUUCCCGAAGUAAACAACUCGCAAGAUGCAAGUCUCUAGAAGAGUCAAAGAAGGUACCCGUUCGUCGUGCACCUAGAGAAGAGAAACCUGAUACGUCUGCUGCAAUGGCCGAAAGGAAGAAGAAAACUUCCGAAAAGAGGAUCUCAACAGGUCGUAUCCGUAGGGCCAAGUCCACCCCGGAAGUGAAGGAGAGCGAGUCCAAACUCGCUAAGAGUCUUCCAAAACGGAGUGCUACGUUGGAUGAGUCCACGCAGAUGGUUCAAUCAUCCAAAGAUUGCACCAAGAGGGGCAGACGAACCAGAGCAAGUCGUCGUCAGGGAUCCACCAACAAGGCAAAGGAGUUGCGAAUGUCUGCCUCCGAAAGUGCCUUCACCUUGAGGAGGUCAAAGUCUCGUUCCAAACGAUUGACCAAAGAUGUUUCUUUUAGGCGUUCCUCAUCUCGGCGUAUCAAAUCCAAGAAAGAAACAUCUGCCUCCACACAACUAAGGGACAUUUUGGACGUAUCCUCGGACGAUAUGUGUAAAUCAGAAAUCAUUCCGCGCAGCACGGUACGUUCAGCCAAGUCUGAUGCGACGACAAGGAAGGAUUGCAGUACCAGGCGAUCUACACAAGCAAGGGGCAUUUUGGACGUAUCUUCGAACGAUAUGUGUAAAUCAGAAAUCAUUCCGCGCAGCACGGUACGAUCAGCCAAGUCUGAUGCGACGACAAGGAACGAUUUGCCAUGCCUUGCAACGCCUGAGGGCGUGAGAAGGUGUCGUCGUCCACGAACGUCAGAAACUCCAAAAGUGCCCAAGUCUUGCGGGACGAUCGGUCAGCACUCUAGUCGUCUUCGCGCAUCGAACACGAACACCAUGGAUAUGUCAAUGUCGUGCGGAUCUCUGGCUUUGUCAAGAAGGUCGUCACGCCGUUGUCUAAACUCUUCUGUUAGAGACUCACAGCUCCUCCAAGCGUUGAAACAAGAGCGACCAACGAUGCCUGAUGACCUGGACGGAGAGUCGGAUAGCGAUGACGAAUUCGCCACAACAACCCGCCGUGAGCCAACAUUGGAAGUGAAGAAACAAAACGUGGAGAGAGUAGAAGAAACGAAGCAAUCAAAGCUCCAAGGCUUGGAAAUGCGCUCUAGACAUAGCAUGGCCAAGCCGCCCGGGGCCCAACAAGACGUGAUUGCUGUGCUGUCCGCAGAUGGCCACGCAUCACUGUCUGCAAUGUCGAUCAUGAGCGAUUCUCGUCAUUCUUCCACCCAUUCUUCUCGUCUGAUGGAAGAUGGAUCCUUGCCAAGCCUGCGGUUUGGCUUGGACAAGUCUCAGAUGAGCUUGUCUGGCCUUCAAACAUCCUUGUCAGAUAGUAACUCCUUGUUGGUGCCUGACACGAGCCAGGAGAACGGGGUUGGUUACGCCGGCUCCAGCAGCUCGAGUUUGCUCGUCCCAAUGGUCCAUGCACAUCGCCGGCCACGAAGAAGCAGCUUACCAGGCUUAGUGGCCAAUGAUCGGCCGCAGGAACGGAGAGGCAGCCUUCAGCAGGAUAAAAACAUUGUUGCCCCGUUCAACUUGUCCUCCGAGAGGUUUCUUGCUGACCUCCAUUCCGAUUCUGACCCAGAUGACGAUGGCAGCGAAUUUGCCACCGACACAGAAACAUGGGAAAAGGAGGCAGAAGCAACUCCGAAGGUUCAAUUGGACUGUCCCGCGGCCGCUUAA